GGAGGGCGGGGAGAGGACCAUGUGCUGUGCUCCGGGGCCGGGCGCCACGCAGAUUUCUGAAGAGGAAGGAUGCUGAUUUAGAUGUGGAAAAAGACCAGUCCUGCCGCUGUUUUAGAAGACAUGUGGUGUAUAUAAAGUUUGUGGUAGUUGGCAGAAAUUUUAGAAUUUAGAUAAUGGGCUGUGUGCAAUGUAAGGACAAAGAAGAAACAAAACUGACGGAGGAGAGGGAUGGCAGCCUGACCCAGAGCUCCGGGUACCGCUAUGGCACAGACCCCACUCCUCAGCACUACCCCAGCUUCGGUGUGACCUCCAUCCCAAACUACAACAACUUCCAUGCAGCCGGGGGCCAAGGGCUCACCGUCUUUGCAGGUGUGAAUUCCUUGUCUCACACGGGGACCUUGUGGACGAGAGGAGGCACAGGCGUGACACUCUUCAUGGCUCUUUAUGACUAUGAAGCACGGACAGAAGAUGACCUGAGCUUUCACAAAGGAGAAAAAUUUCAAAUAUUAAAUAGCUCGGAAGGAGACUGGUGGGAAGCCCGCUCCUUGACAACUGGAGAGACAGGUUACAUUCCCAGCAAUUAUGUGGCACCAGUUGACUCUAUAGAAGCAGAGGAGUGGUACUUUGGAAAACUUGGCCGCACAGAUGCUGAGAGACAGCUUCUGUCCUUUGGAAAUCCAAGAGGUACCUUUCUUAUCCGUGAGAGCGAAACCACCAAAGGUGCCUAUUCACUUUCUAUCCGUGAUUGGGAUGAUAUGAAAGGAGACCAUGUCAAACAUUAUAAAAUUCGCAAUCUUGACAAUGGUGGAUACUAUAUCACCACCCAGGCCCAGUUUGAAACACUUCAGCAGCUUGUACAACAUUACUCAGAGAGAGCCGCAGGUCUCUGCUGCCACCUAGUAGUCCCCUGUCACAAAGGGAUGCCAAGGCUUACCGAUCUGUCUGUCAAAACCAAAGAUGUCUGGGAAAUCCCUCGAGAAUCCCUGCAGUUGAUCAAGAGACUGGGCAAUGGGCAGUUUGGGGAAGUAUGGAUGGAGAAAGCUGAUGGUUUGUGUUUUAACUUAACUGGGAUUCCAUCGAGUUGUGCCCCACAAACUUCUGGAUUGGCUAAAGAUGCUUGGGAAGUUGCAAGUGAUUCAUGGUUUCUGGAGAAGAAACUGGGGCAGGGGUGUUUCACUGAAGUGUAGCUUGGUACCUGGAAUGGAAAUACAAAAGUAGCCAUAAAGACUCUUAAACCAGGCACAAUGUCCCCUGAAUCAUUCCUCGAGGAAGCAUAGAUCAUGAAGAAGUUGAAGCAUGACAAGUUGGUCCAGCUGUAUGCAGUGGUGUCUGAAGAACCCAUUUACAUUGUCACCGAGUACAUGAAUAAAGGAAGCUUACUUGAUUUCUUAAAAGAUGGUGAAGGAAGAGCUCUGAAAUUACCAAUUCUUGUGGACAUGGCAGCACAGGUUGCUGCAGGAAUGGCUUACAUUGAGCACAUGAAUUAUAUCCACAGAGACCUGCGAUCAGGAAACGUUCUACUGGAAAAUGGACUAAUUUGCAAGAUCGCUGACUUUGGAUUGGCCCAGUUAAUUGAAGACAAUGAGUACACAGCAAGACAAGGUGGUAAGUUUCCCAUUAAGUGGACGGCCCCUGAAGCAGCUCUAUAUGGGAGGUUCACAAUCAAGUCUGACCUGUGGUCUUUUGGAAUCUUACUCACAGAGCUGGUCACCAAAGGAAGAGUGCCAUACCCAGGCAUGAACAACCGGGAGGUGCUGGAGCAGGUGGAGCAUGGCUACCAGAUGCCUUGUCCACAGGACUGCCCCAUCUCUCUGCAGAAGCUCAUGAUCCACUGCUGGAAAAAGGACCCCAAAGAGUGUCCCACUUUUGAGUACUUGCAGGGCUUUCUGGAAGACUACUUUACUGCCACAGAGCCCCAGUACCAGCCCGGUGAGAACCUGUGAGAGCCAGGUCUGCAGAGGCCUUUUCCCCGAGGCUCCCCACCCCUACCCAUUAGCUUUCAAUUCUGUAGCCAGCUGCCCUGAGCAACAAGAACCAUCCAGGAUCAGAUUGCAUGUGACUCUGAAGCUGAUGAACUUCCACAGCCCUCAUUAAUGACACUUGUCCCCAAAUCCAAACCUCCUCUGUGAAGCAUAUGAGACAGAACCUUGUUAUUUCUCAAACUUUGGAAAAAUGCAUUGUAUCGAUGUUAUGUAAAAGGCUAAACCUCUGUCCAGUGUAAAUAGUUACUCCAGUGCCAACAAUCCUAGUGCUUUCCUUUUUUUAAGACACAAAUCCUAUGUGAUUUUAACUCUGUCUUCACCUGAUUCAACUAAAAAAAAAAGUAUUAUUUUCCAAAAG